AUGCAGAGUAUUCAUUCCGCUUGGAAGUUACUUGGACCUAUAAAUGAGAUUUGUAAGCAUAACAGACAGUGUGCUUCAAAGUUACAGAGAUUUCUCUCUAAGCAGGCAAGUGCAAGUAUCUGGACUAAAAGUGAACGCGAGGAAGUCCUCAAUGCCUUGUCAGAUCUGUUCCUGUUGGGUGGUGAUUGUGUUGUGGAUCUGUGUAUAUGGUUUGGGCCCCUCAUACUGGAGAUUGUGUCCCGACUGACACAGUCAGUAUUGCGUGAGGGACACUCGGGGCAGUGGCUGUUGAAAAAGAUGGCUGUUGUGAUGUGCAAGGGGUUUCCCAUCAGUUCUGUACUUCAGAGAUUUGCCUUGGAUUUUGUUCAGCUGUAUAAACCUUUCACAUUAAAGGAUGCUUCAAAUGGCGAUGAACCCCCUAGGAAAAAGGCCAAGAAAAAGCAGGCAAAUUUGGACUGGUGCCAUGCCAUGUGGAGCUACAUGGUGUAUCUCCCAGAGACAGCAGACAAACUGGACAUGACACAUCUAGCAGAUUACUUGUCCAGCACUGAUGGUCUUGUUAGAUGGUAUGCAUCCUGUACAUUGAGUAAAUACUAUGCUAUGUCAGAAUCAGAAACAGCAACAUUCCUGAAGAAGUAUUUUACACCAGAAGAACAAAGGAUGUUCAGUAUACGUGUUGACAAAGAGGUGCUUGCUGUACAAGAAAGACUGCACAAAGCUCAAGGGAUUAUAGAAGUAGAGAGUGUUGAUGCUAUCCUGUCUCACACACUGCAGACCCUUACAUCUGCUGACCUGACCUCACAGGUGGUCAGUGUCAUGGGCAUCUUGUUGCCUAAACUUGUGCAGGCAUCAAAAUCUGAUUCUCAGAUCAACAGUCAGCUUGUAUUAGUGCCGUCCACCCAGCAGCACCUUCGUAGUUUGGCCCUGGCAGUGUCCUGUUGCAGGCCUGUGUUGUUGCAAGGUCCUGUCGGCUGUGGGAAGACCUCACUUGUUGAGCACCUGGCAGUGCUAACUGGUCGACAGGGUUACCCUGAUGUUCUCAAGAUCCAGCUUGGAGAUCAGACUGAUAGCAAGGCUUUGCUGGGCACAUACUGCAGCACUGAGGUGCCUGGCGAGUUUGUUUGGAGAGCUGGUGUCCUAACACAGGCAGUGUCCAGAGGCAGCUGGGUCUUGCUGGAGGAUGUGGACACGGCACCGAUGGAUGUGCUGUCUUUGUUGGUAGCUCUGGCUGAGACCAGGACGUUGAUGGUUCCUGGCCAUGGUGACGAGAUUAGGGCAGCUCCUGGUUUUCAGUUGUUCACUACACAGAGGCUGCUGAGUACUUCUGAUGGCUGGCAUCACCAGCGGGGAGGGAAUUCUUUACUGCUGGAGAAGCUGUGUACAGUUAUCAAUGUGGAGCCUCUAUCAAGGACUGAACUGAAACAUGUUAUAUCAGUGAGGUUCCCUGCCCUUGUGCCAGUAUCCGACAAGCUGCUGGAUAUCUAUUUCAUGUUGUCAGCAGGCAGACAUGAUGUUGGGCAGCUGGAGUCAGAGUUACAGCAGAAGCACGGGAGAUUUCUUUCAACUGGAGGCAGAUUGAUCUCCACAAGGGAUCUGAUGACCUGGUGUAGUCGAUCUAGUGUAGAUUUUGAUCACAAGGAGUCGUCACAAGGUCUGCGGGUGUUUCUGGAGGCUCUUGAUUGCUUCGUGUCCUGUGUACCCAAGCAAACAACCAGACUGUCUCUUGCAACUGCCAUUGGUGAAAUAUUAAACGUCACGGAAGACAGGUCAAAAUACUUCUGUACAAAUUACAAGCCGUCACUUCAGGAUUCUACACAUUCUCUGGAAAUCGGGAGAGCCAAGGUGCAGCGGAGGAAGAUGGCUCUAGCAAGCUUGAGAGCGAAAUCAGCUCCCACCUUCUCUUAUACACGUGCAUCAGUAGUGCUUCUGGAAAAGGUGGCUGUCUGCAUCAAUCGAAAUGAGCCGGUUCUGUUAGCAGGAGAAACGGGAACUGGAAAAACUUCUACCGUGCAGUUUUUGGCACACCAUCUCGGUCACAAAUUACAUGUCAUCAAUCUGAACCAACAGAGUGACAGUACCGAUCUCCUAGGGGGCUUCAAGCCUGUGGACCUUAAGUUUGUCAUGAUGCCUCUGAGGGAGAAGUUUGAGGUGCUGUUUUGUGAGUCAUUCUCCAGGACCCAAAAUGUGACGUUUCUUUCCCAUGUUCAGACUUUAUUUUCCCAAAAAAGAUGGAAUGAUUUGUUGACUUUGAUGGAAACCCCUACGAAAAGGGCAAUCAACAAAUUUGAAGCAGGAACACCUUUGAAUGACAGAUGGGUGAAGCUUUCAAAACGUAUACGUGACCUGAGACUGCAGAUCAGGGAGAUGGAGAAUGUUCUGGCAUUCUCAUUUAUUGAGGGAACCUUGGUGAAAGCGUUGAAGAAAGGAGAUUGGGUGUUGCUGGACGAGAUCAACCUGGCCACGGCGGAAACACUGGAGUGUCUGAGUGGGCUGCUGGAGAGCUCGUCAGGCUCUGUUGUUCUCACCGAGAGAGGAGAUUCGGAACCCAUCCAAAGACAUCCAGACUUUCGACUCUUUGCUUGUAUGAACCCAGCAACAGAUGUUGGCAAGAAGGAUUUACCAGUGGGCAUCAGAAACAGGUUCACAGAAUUCUAUGUUGAGGAGCUCGAAUGUCCGAAAGAUUUGUCCAUUUUGGUUAGAGGCUACCUUCCAGGGUUGUCACUAACUUCAAAGCAGGUGACUGAUAUCGUCAACUUUUAUCUAUGCAUCAAAAAUGAUCCCUCGGACAGAUUGAUGGAUGGUACUGGACACCGACCACAUUUUAGUUUGAGGACUUUGUGUCGGGCUCUGAUGUUUUGUGGGAGAAACCCAUGCAGGAGUGUUCCUAGAUCGAUGUUUGAAGGGUUCUGUCUUAGCUUCCUAACCCAGCUUGACAGAUCAUCACAUCCGUUUGUGGAAGACCUUAUCAUCAAGCACAUUCUCUCCAACUCUGCACCAAAAGCUGUCUUGGGGCAGAAGCUACCAAAACCAGAGGGACCAGAUGGAAUGUAUAUCCAGGCAGCAGACUACUGGAUAUCAAGGGGUACAUUGGAGCCUGUGGUACCAGCUGACUAUAUAUUGACUCCCUCAGUGAAGUUAAACCUCAAAGAUCUGGCUAGAGUUGUGUCUGCAGGAAAACAUGCAGUGCUGCUUCAGGGAGAGACCUCAGUAGGGAAAACUAGCCUGAUCACUUACCUGGCUCAGCUGACGGGCAAUGUGUGCUUGAGGGUCAACAACCAUGAGCACACUGACAUACAGGAGUACGUUGGGAGUUACGCUGCUGACGAGCAUGGCAAGCUGGUGUUCAAAGAAGGAGUCCUAGUGGAAGCCAUGAGGAAAGGCUACUGGAUCAUCUUGGAUGAGCUCAACUUGGCACCGACAGAUGUUUUAGAGGCCCUUAACAGACUUUUGGAUGACAAUCAGGAGCUUUAUAUACCAGAAACACAAGAAAUGGUGCAGGCUCACCCCAAGUUCAUGCUGUUCGCCACCCAAAACCCUCCAGGACUUUAUGGUGGAAGAAAGGUAUUAUCCCGAGCUUUCAGGAAUCGCUUCAUUGAGCUCCACUUUGAUGAGAUCCCCGCCCCAGAGCUGGAGACCAUCCUACAUCAGAGGUGUGCAAUUCCGCUGUCGUAUGCAAAGAAGCUUGUGGCUGUCAUGUUGGAACUGCAGAUGCGACGUCGAGGCUCUGGCAUAUUUUCGGGGAAGCACGGAUUUAUGACCCUGCGAGACCUGUUCCGUUGGGCUCAGAGAUACAGCUGUCCUGAAGCUGGAAAAGGGGAAAAGUUUUAUGACUGGGACCAACAUUUGGCUGAACAUGGUUACAUGCUGCUCGCAGGCCGAGUGAGGAAACCAGAAGAGGAGGUUGUCAUCAAAGAAGUCAUAGAGAAGCAUCUCAAGCGGAAACUACAGACGGAUGCCUUGUUUACAAUCUUACCUCAGACUUCGGCACCACUGGCUGCCAUGUUGAAUUCUGUGACUGGCCAAUCACUGCCUGGCUUUCAGCACAUUGUUUGGACCCACAGCAUGAGGAGACUGGCUGUUUUGAUUGGGCAGGCCAUUCGAUUUAAAGAGCCCAUUCUGCUUGUGGGAGACACAGG